UUUAUUGCACGAAGAACAGAGCAGGUCUUACAGUUUGAUACUUAACAAACCAAUACAAUUUGCAAAGAUGGUUGUUGCUUUCUGCGGGACAUGGAAACUGGUGGACAGCCAGAACUUUGAUGAAUACAUGAAGGCACUUGGUGUUGGUUUUGCCACCAGACAAGUGGGCAAUGUCACCAAACCCACAGUGGUGAUCGAACAGGAUGGGGACAAAGUGGUGUUGAAAACUCAGAGCACCUUCAGGAACACUGAGGUCUCCGCCAAACUUGGAGAGGAGUUUGAUGAGACCACACCUGAUGACCGACAUGUCAAAUCUACCUUUUCCAUGGAAGGAGACACAUUUGUGCAAGUGCAAAAGUGGGACGGCAAGGAGACCAAAUUUGUCAGAGAAAUUAAGGAUGGGAAGCUGGUGGCGACUGUGACUUUCGAAGGAGUCCAGGCGGUCCGCAUAUAUGAGAAAGCCUAACUUGUCCACUUGAUGAGCAAAUCCUCCCUGCACUGCAAUCGAUCAACAAGGAGUUACCCUUUUUUAACAAACAUGUUUUUAUUUGUUUUUUAACAGUAUGCAGUGAUUUGCACUUGAUUUGCUAUUGUAACAUGAUAUAAAUAUUAUGGGCAAUCUUUUGUAAGAUCUUUUGUAAGAAAUUCAGACUGUGAAGGGCCUAAAACAGUUCCAAUCUGUGCAUCACAAAAAUAAACUGCUUUACUAAACCUUUA